CUGACAAGUGGACUGAGCCAUGUUCCUACGUCGCUAAGACCGGCAAUAAUCCAUCUAAGGUUCCUCAAGAACAAAUCCUCCACUGUGUGGGUAACCGAGGGGUGAUAACCGCCGUCAAACCUGUUUCAGCACCUGAUAUCAUUUUGUUGACUGACUUAAUCACCUUUUUUCACAACUAACCUCAAAUUAUUAGUGUGAACGAUAUUUAUCGUCAACAUUUCGCACAAAAUUGCGAGUUAUUGGCUUUAUCUCAGUAUAUGUCUAUCCACGUAUAACUAGAUAUCAUUUAGAAUCUGUUAUUUUCUGUGUGCUAGCAGAUCUGCUUGUAUGGUUUGUCAUGCUAUGUAGACCAUACUCAAAACUAAUUGCUUGGGGACUUAUUGAGCAUUCACAAAAAUUACCGGAGGUCGAAUGCAUAGUUAUUUAAAUUACAUUAAUCAUGACACCUUGACUCUGAAAUAUCUUCUAGUUAACUCAUACUGUGCUGAUAAACAGGAUGCUAACAAUGGGCAUGUAGUUUAGGGAAGUUCGUGGCUGUGCUCGCUUGUAAUAUGAUUUAAGAAAAUUACAAGUUUUCAUUUUAAAAAUAUCCCUUUUAGUAUUUAUAGAUGGUUAUUAUUUAAACCGAUAAUGUUCCGAAGUCUAUAUAUUUAGCAAAUUUUAUCCAGGAUUAUCGUAUUGAUUCCUUUUAAUUCUACUCCUUAGUAAAUGAUCUUUCACUCAGUGACUAACAAAUGGGGGAAUUGUGUGAUACCGGUCUUUUUCUUUGUUAACAUGAUCCAUUUCUCAGCCUGGCUUGGUAUUAUUCUGGGUGUGUCAUGCUUUGUAUUGGGAUAUUCAUAUUCACUUUUUUAUUUGCAACCACUAAUGAGUGGGUCAAGUUCUACUCAAUUUAAACACGCAAUCCAUGUUUAUAAAAAUCAAAUACAGCAAAACAAUGAACUUGGCUCUUCUUUUUCUGUCUAUUAUCGUGGGGAACAUGUUGUCGAUGCGAUUGGAGGUUAUGUUGACAAACGAUUUCGACUGCCAUGGGUAACUUCAACUAUUAGUCAACUGUUCACUGUGUCUAUGGUUGUUGUUCCUUUCUCAUUCGCUAAGUUGUACCAAGACGAACUUCUGGAUAUUGAAUCUUCGAUACAACAUUAUCUUCCCCAGUUCGUGGUUGCCAAUGUCACUGUAUCUGAUUUACUCACGCAUCAGUCCGGUUUUCCAUACUUUGUAGGUCAUUCAUCCCUAGCUAAAUGGAGAGAUGACCAUAGGAAUGCUCUAAACGAUAUCACUAACCAGAUACCUCCUGUCCCACCACGAACUCAAGUGUUUCAUCUACACUCAUUGGCCUUAUUGGCUGAUGCAAUCGUGCGCAAAGUAGACCACAAGAAACGGACACUGGCACGUUAUUUCAUGGAAGAAAUCGCAUGGCCUCUUGGUUUAGAUAUGCUUAUUGGAAUUCCACGUACCCAACUAUAUCGUGUUGCACGAACAUAUCACGCCGACGCUUUAAGUGUACUUAGCGCCAUUUUACAUCUGGACGUGGCAUAUCCGUGGACAAAUUUGGUCACUGCUGGUUGGCUUCCGUAUUCAAAAGAGCGAAAUAAGGUGUUGAACGUGUUUAAUGAUUAUGAGCUUUAUUAUAAUUGGAAUCCUGAUCUUUUGGAAAUCCCACUGGUUUCAUCACACCUGUUCACAAACGCACGAAAUUUGGCUCGUCUGUUUACUCUUUUGGAAAAUUCAGUAGAUAAAUUAACAAAUGCGACUGUAUCAGACACUGCACAGUUCGUCUUCAAAAAGUCGAUACGAAAUUGGAUGCUACAGGUUGUUAACACAUCUUCUUAUGAUCCAGUUCUUCAUCGAUAUUUGAAACUCAGUUCGGCAGGCUUUAUGGUCACUAAUUCACCAAAGAAUACUUUAAUGUUUGGCAUGUGGGAUGAUAUUCUUGGUCAAGGAGUUUUUAUUGACCCUCAGUUACAACUAACAUGGGCGUAUGUGACAAAUCAUGCACAUGCUCGAUCUCUUAACAAGGAUUUUAUUUUAAAUUCUUUGGUUAAUUCUGUUUAUUCUUGCAUCAAGGAAUAGUCUCAGGUCUCUUAGCAUUCAUUGGAAAAAGACUGGUGCAAUAAGUCAUUCAAUAUUAUGAGAUACUUUUUAAAGAUAUAAGACAAAUUAGUGUCUUUGAAAUUCAUUUGAAGAAUCUAUAUAUUUUUUUAAAAUUGAUCACGUUUUAUAUGAUCUAUUGAAGUUAAUUGUUGCAUUUAAACUUGAUAAAUAAAUAAAAUACCUUUUUAUUUUUCG